AAAAAAGUCUUGGUUCAUGGACCAAGCAGUCAACAACAGCGGGCACUGAGUUCAUCCACCUAACUGUAAUCUUCUAAUCUAAAUAGAGCCCCAAUUGAAGGUUUUUAUUUAUUUAACACAAAACCACAGAAACUUGGAUCACACAAAAGAUCCGAAAAGAAACACACAAAUAGAGACAAAGAAGGAUGGAUUUCGAAAGUGUGAAAAAUUACCUGGAGAAACCAAGUUCAGGGGUAUCAUCAAGUGAAAUAGAUUCGAUGCCUUUUAGGUUCUUCGAACCCAUGAUCAUGUCCGGUCUCAAAGUUGAAUCCAUCGAACGUGGCCGUGUUCUCUGUUCCAUGAUAGUCCCUCGUCGUUUAUUGAACGUGGCGAAUUCGUUGCACGGUGGAGCGACUGCGGCUUUGGUGGAUGUGGUGGGAUCAUCUGUUAUAUUGACUAUGCCUAAUGCCAAAACAACUGGUGUUUCGGUUGAGAUUAAUGUUUCUUACCUGGAUGCUGCUUUUGUUGGUGACGAGAUUGAGAUAGAGGCAAAAACAUUGCGUGUUGGGAAGGCUAUUGCUGUUGUGACCGUUGAAUUAAGGAACAAAAAGACUGGAAAAACAAUUGCACAAGGACGCCAUACCAAGUACCUUGCCGUAUCAAGUAAAUUAUGAAUUAUGAACAUCAUGUAUGUUCUCAUAUAGAAAAAGUCCCUCUAUUAUUGGCAUAUCUGAGUACGUGUAAACUAAAUGGUAUUUUUCAUGUCAUCACUUGACAGGAAUAAACGAUAAAUUGUAUGCAACUUUUCAGAUUGUUGAUGUAAUUGUUAAUGAUAGUAUGAUAUAUAGCUGUAAUUGCUUACUAAAA